AAGAGUGGAGUAGCCAUGAAGCAGACGGUGUUACAGUACAACCCCGACGGCUCUGUUCAUCAUUGGGAGUACGACUCUGCCAAUGCUCGAAAAGAGCUAUGUCGCUUCAUUGCAAGAGCGGAUCUACCACUCAAUAUCGGUUCUUCAUCAAGAAGUUCAGACUCUUCGUCACGAUCGUCUACGGGCACCGGAAUUCCAACAUCUGGAGGGGAGCUAACUACCUUCAUCGACAGUGACGUUAUCAGCCACGAACAAGAAAACUUCAACAUACUGCAAUGGUGGCAUGAGCACAAGAUGAAUUAUCCAGUCCUUUCACUGUUAGCACGAGAUUUGUUAACGGUUCCUGUAUCUACAGUUUCUUCUGAGGCUGCCUUCAGUCUUACAGGAAGGAUAAUCGAAGAGAGAAGAACAAAUCUGUCAAGUGAGAUGGUUGAAAUACUCACCAUAGUAAAGGAUUGGGAACAAGCUGAAGCACGAAUGCAACACACUGCAGAAAAUACUGAGCUUGAAGAAUCAUUCCAAAAUUUGUAUCUAGAUGCUGAUGAGAACGUGUAAUUUUAAAUUUUCUGAGCUAGGUUGUACUCUUUUUUCCUUUGCUAGAAAGGUUUUUAAUGAGGCAACCUAUCAAUAAAGCUCAUUUUUAGAA